GGCCGUCACUGACCAAAGGAGCUGUACGGAGAUGAAAUCAGACUUCCUGCUACCUCCUGUGGGUUUGUUUCCUCUGAAUCGCCAGCAUCUUCAUCCAGCUGGGCUCAUUUCAUCCCUGGAGACGAACACAGAGUGCACACAGUAUGUCUGAGGUAAUAUCUUCCUAAGUAUACUAUGUUUAGAUGUUACUGGAUUGGAAAUGUGUUUUUCUGAAUGUCUACUCCUGCCCUCCAGCAAAGGAUGUUGUUAAGGGUCUCAUAUCUGCUGUUUUGUCUUCCACUCGCUCUCCUGCACUGCGGAUGAUAUUUAAUGAAGCUGGUUGAUGCUGACAUCAGAGAGCCCAGUGUGUAUUCCUCAAGGGGGAGAGAGGUUUUUUCAGGUAAACUGUGUGCAUCUGGGGAAUAGUACUACAUGGAAAACACUUGGAUAGAAUAUAACCUGCAGUUUAAACUGUAUGACACAAGAAGGCCCUUGUUGGCCCUCUGGAGGUGCUGAACCACAUGACGCAAUCUUCUCAGAGGGAUAGUGUUUACUUUGUCACUGCAUUAUUUACUCAGGUAUCUAGCCCUUUAGCAGUCAAUAGUGUCUCUCAUUUAAUGGUUAAAGGGGUAUUCCAAUCAUUUUCAAACAAGAAGGUCAUCUUUUGAUCGUCACAUUUUCUGUUUUCUAAAGUUUGCCAAAAUAACAACAGUGAUGUCAUGAUUAUCUCUCCUUGAGCUCAAGACUGUCAAUCUGUAGCACAAAGCCUGUGUUACAAUUGGAGCAUAAGGAGUUACAAGAGAUGGGUAUUUAUUGGGCAUAGACCUAAGACUUUUUUUUUUUUUUUUUUUAAAGAAUCUUGUGAUUCUGGAUGUUCACCCUUUGGAAGUAGUGUUUUCAAAACUAAAGUAAGUUUUCUCAGACACAGAUCAGCAGCAGAAGUGGUAAGUGGGCUGCUUUUUGAUUUAAUUUAUUUUUAGAGUGGAUAAACAGAGAACCAAGUUGCACACAAAAACUUUCCCUAUAUGGUACAUUAGUCUGGGGUGAGUGUAAACAGAAAGAUGAUUUGGAUGAAGCUUCUAUCUGCCCAAAUAUCAAAUUAGUAACAUUUUCUAAUGCUAGUCCAUGAUUCCUUCAAGAGUUAGCAGUUAGCAGCUGUUCAUUUCAUUGCAGAACAUCCCAGAAUGGAUCCAGCUGAGUUCAUGUUCCAAAUCCACAAAUGAUCCACAAAUCAUGUUCCAACCACAAAUCAACUCCUGCAGAAUUUGUGACCAAACAGAGGCUAAAUGACACAAGUUACAGAGAGCCCUAGAAGUAUAGACAUCUCGACUUCUGUUGCUUUAAAUUUGACAGUUUCUUCUUGUUGUUUUUAAUUUGUCCCCUCUUAGCCCAAGCUUUAUGGGAGUGCAUGAAUUGCUGCAGUGGACUUUUAAGGGGAUUCAAAAAUGACACAAGCACAUGUAAAAGACCUCCUUUUAAGCAGAGCAACCCCCAUAGUUAUUUGUGUCUCCUUUGGGUCAUUCUGCAUCUUUUUCUAGUUGUUUGAUUGGAUUUCCAUCAAGAAAUGUUACUGAUCACUUCCAGCAGAGGCUCUGACCUUUCUGCUGGAGGUUUACAGAGCUAAACACUUAGUUCAGUUUGUGCCUUUAAGCAGGCUGACCACACUAACGGCUGCUUUGUGAAGAAAGUUGCAGCGCAUAUCUCCAUUCCUGACGUUUCUCCAGAGGAAAUCACUGACCCUGGAAGGAUGAGUCAUCCAUCAUGACACACCUGAUUCACAUUUCUGUGCUGCCACACUGGUUCUGUUAUGUUUGUUCCGCUGGCUUUGUUGUGUCAAGUAUCCGUCUCAGGAUAUAACGUGGUGACCAGGAUGAUGUAAUAUACCGUGCAUGUGACAUGGGAGCAGACUGAGGACAGCCCCUCCAUCCUAUAUAAACCCAAACAUGAGAAUCAUUCCCAUGCAAGGCCAGCCUCCCUGCACAGUUGCUGUGUCCAUUUGUUCUGCUCUAGUUUGCAUGUAGGUCAUCUGUAGUGGACCAGAGAUGCAGCAGAAUGGAAGCCAUACUCCGCAUUAGAUGGUGCUUUCACUGUGUAGUGUUAAACUUCAAAACGCUCUAAUUUACAUUUUUAUGAGUAGCUACAGUAAUUAAACCAAUUUCCAAAAUUCUAACACAGUAUGUCAGAUUGUUUUGUCAGACCUAUGAUUCAGGGUAUUUAUUGUUUAAAAAAGGUAAAUAAAUAAUGAAGUAUGCUUUUCAUAGCACAACUUCAUUCUUUUCAUUUUUUAAGCAUACACGUUGUGACUCAUCUAGCAAAUGAAUCCAGGGCUGCUUUGCAUAUUUAGUUUCUCUAUUAGCUGCAAGAAUGUGUGCUUCCCCCCUCGUCUGUAAAACAUUAAACUCAGCUGAAAAUAGAGAGAAAUAUUUAGGAAUGUGGCUAAUGUUUGCCCUGGUGGGGCCUGACAUCAUAAAAAUCUUGAAGAUUACAACUUAGCACAUGUAGCUGAGUCCUUCCAUGUUCAUAGUUUUUGUUAGCAGUUAUACUCUAAGUAGUCUGUAUCACAUAAAUAGGCCAAUGCAUGCAUAACACUGAUAUGGACAUUUGAAUAGCAACAAUUUAUUUAUUUUACCCAGCCAGGCGAUCUGCUGGGUCAAUAUCACGUCAGAUGUGCAGUAUGUUUGAGGAUCUAUGGAUUCACAAGCUCUGUUUCUUCCAAUCAGUCAAAGAAACUCCUUCAAAAUUCCUGCAAAGACAGUCUGAGACAGAGGUAGAAACCUGUACACCAAAGCUGCAUCAGAAGACUGCACCAAAAUCCCUGGAAGCUUCAUAACUGAAUCAGAAUCAGAUGAUUGAUGAUGUCUUGCAGUCUGUGAAGUAACUGGGACACUCUUCAGUCUGUCUCGAUCAUGACACCCAGUGCUGAAGCAGAUGGUCGCCCUCUUUGAGCCUGGUUCUGCUGGAGGUUUCUUUUUGUAAAAGGAAAGGUUUUUUUUGUAGAAUCAAUCCAGUCUGUAUUCAGUGAGAGAAAAAGAGUCAAAACUGUGAUUUAAAACAUUAUUUUCUGAUAACUAUCAAACAUGAAACACUUUGUUAAUGUGAAAAUUACAGUGAAAAGUGAUUUUUAAAAGUGUGCACAGUGCACAUUUUGUGAGAAUGUACUGUAAGAACCACUGUUAUAGUCAGCAGGUAACUUUUUUAAUUACAUAAUUUUCUUGAUUAAUCCAAAAAAAAAUGCUGCUCACUGGAGCUCUAGUGACAUCAAAAGUCAUGUUUUGUCCAAUAAACAUCCCAAAUCACACUAUAUUCAUCUAAUAGCAACUUAAGACCAAAAAAGGCAGCAAUUUCUUAUCCUUUAAAGUCUUGACAUAUCAAAUAUAUGGUAUUUUUUGGCUGAAAACUGUUGUUAAACUUAAUUAAUUGUCUAAAUAAUUGACUAUUCAGCUAGCAAACUAAUAGCUACAGCUCUAAUACAGAUUUACAGUAUGAUGUAUUCGUCCUCAGGUCAUGAGUCUGUACCUGUAUAAUCAGGUCAGUGAUUUUUAGCAGGUACCUCCUGGAGUGUAUGGAUGUUUCUGUUGCUGCUUGUGAGCAAAUGAGCUGUUAAAUUGCAUUCCUAUUUUCCAAGAGUCACUGUCUGCAACUUGGGCCAGAAAACAGAUCUCCAACACUUACUGUGUAAAGUACUACUGACUGUGUGCUAUCAGUCAGAAGUGAAACCUGGUCUGUGCGUUCACUUUAAAACAUUGACUGAAUCAUGUCAUGACCCGGUUUUCCCCAAUGACGAGUAAUUAUCGAUGAGUUUAUCCGGAGCAACCACAAUCUGAGAGGACUAACUGCACUCUGCAUAGUGGCAGUUUUUAUUUCAAAUUUUAAGAUAAGUUAAGAUACGUUAGCUGUUUAUACCAUUUAAACUCAUCAAAAAAUAUCAGGGAAGGAAAAUCGUGGCAUUUGCAUGUUGUCAAACUAAGAACAGGAUCACAGCUGAGACAGUGGUCUCAUGUGCCAGCCUGUGAUAGAAAAAGCAAGGAGGGGAAACUCAUCUGAAAAUUGUUUUGCUAGCUGAGCCAUGGCAGCUGAUCUCGAUGUGAUGAAUCUGUUCAUCAUUGCUGGGGGAACACUGGCUAUUCCCAUCUUGGCCUUUCUGGCUUCCUUCCUUCUCUGGCCCUCUGCGCUCAUUAAAGUCUAUUACUGGUACUGGAGGAGGACUCUGGGCCUGCAGGUUCGCUACGCAGACUGUGGAGGUUAUCGCUUCUGCUACUCAUACAGAGGGAAGCCUGGGUUGAGACCUUCCAUCUUAAUGCUGCACGGCUUCUCUGCUCACAAAGACAUGUGGCUCACUGUUGUCAAGUAUCUCCCUAAACAUCUGCACAUUGUGUGUGUGGACAUGCCUGGCCAUGAGGGGACGACUCGCACCAACACAGAGGAUUAUUCCAUUCAGGGACAGGUCACGAGGAUCCAUCAGUUUGUGGAAACAAUUCGUCUAAACAGGAAACAGUUUCAUCUGGUUGGAACCUCGAUGGGUGGAAACGUAGCCGGAGUAUACGCUGCCUGUUACCCCUCAGAAAUCUGCAGUAUGACUCUCAUUUGUCCAGACGGUAUAAGACAUCCAUGUGAGACCAAAUUUGACAAUCAUCUGCAGGAUCUGGAGCACAGCAAUUACACACUGAACAUCCCGCUGAUUCCCACGACACCCGAAGAGAUGGAGGACAUGUUCAGACUGUGUUCCCACGUUCGCUUUAAAAUUCCUCAGCAGAUUCUUCAAGGAUUGGUAGAUGUCCGGCAGCCUCACAACACAUUUUACCAAGAGGUAUUUAUGGAGAUUGUUGGUGAAAAUUCAAGAUACGCCUUACAGGAUCACCUGCAUCUGAUAACUGCACCUUUACAAGUGAUAUGGGGCAAACAAGACCAGGUGGUGGACGUCUCUGGAGCUACAGUCAUUGCAGAGAUGCUGCCUGGAUGCAGGGUGGACCUGUUGGAGAACUGCGGCCACUCUGUGGUGAUGGAGAGGCCUUGUCGGACAGCCAAACUCAUCCUGGAGUUCAUCAUCCUGCAGCAGAAUGCCAGAAGUGGCACAAAGAAAUCUUCCUGAAGCAAAGACUAUCAAUCAGCUGCUUUUAUUCUAAUGCUUGAUGUGUUUUUUUGUAGACAGAUGCACACACUACAUCAACGAAUGCAAUAGAAAAGAAUCACAAUGUCCUUGCAUUCCUUUAUAUGCCAUAAAUCACGUUUCAUUUGUAAUGUAUCGUGCUAAUAAAAAGUCCCGUGCACUGA